AGCUGCAGCAGCUGCGUAAACAUCAUGAUCAACUCCACACAGGUUUCCUUUUUCACCCUGACUGCUUACUUUGACUCCGGAGCCCUCAGAUAUCUGUAUUUUGUGUUGCUCUUCUCCUUGUAUGUUUCAAUCGUUGGCUGUAACGUUCUGCUCAUCGUGGUUAUUUAUGUGAACAGGACUCUACAUGAACCCAUGUACAUGUUUCUGUGCAGCCUGUUUGUGAAUCAGCUGUAUGGAAGUACAGGCUUGUUUCCCUUCCUGCUGAUCCAGCUUCUCUCUGAUGUUCACACCAUUUCUGCUCCUCUCUGUUUCCUGCAGAUCUUCUGUGUUUACUCUUACGCAAGUAUAGAGGCUUUGAAUUUAGCUGUCAUGUCUUAUGACAGAUACGUUGCUAUCUGCUUGCCUCUGCAGUACCAGGCUCUGAUGACGUCUAAAAGAGUUGCCGUGCUUAUUGCCGUCACAUGGUUGUUCCCUUACUUUUCUAUAGCGGUCCUGGUGUCGCUGAGCGCCCCGUUGCCGCUCUGUGGGAACGCCAUCGACAGGAUUUACUGUGGCAACUAUUCUAUAGUUAAACUGAGCUGCCUGGACACCAGACUCAACAACAUUCUGGGUCUUCUUUACACCGCCGUCUCCAUUGUGCUUCCUUUUUUUAUGAUUCUUUACAGCUACGCAAAGAUUCUUGAAGUUUGCUUCUCUGGAUCCAAACAGACCCGGCAGAAAGCGGUCAGCACCUGCUCUCCUCACCUGGCUUGUAUCCUGAACUUUUUUUUUGGUUGCUGUUUUCAGAUUGUCCAGAGCCGGUUUGAUCUGAGCGGCGUUCCGGCUGUGCUGGCCAUCAUUCUUUCGCUGUACUUCCUGACCUGCCAGCCGCUCUUUAAUCCGCUUCUGUACGGGCUGAAAAUGAGCGGCAUCAGUGAGGCGUGUAAGCGUCUGAUAUGUGGAGAAAACACAAAUAACUAACUCAUCAGACAUGUUGAGUUUUGCUUAUCAUACCUGAAACAGGCUCCUAAAGCUUCACCUGAGCUCUCAGUGAGGGGUGAGAUUAUGUAGAUUAGGAUUAGAUUAUUGUUGGUGAGCUGCAUUGAUGAGAAAACAGGAAAGCUUUUAAAUGAUUGAUUUAAUGUUUGUAUCUGACACGCCACUUGUCCUCCAUCCCUUACACAGUUUGAGACGCUGCUGUUGUGUUUAUAGAAACUGUAACUGAAUAUAUUUCCAGUUUUAUGAUUGUUUUUUUUAAUAUCAGAAACUGCUUUCAACACUAAACUAAUAAAAUUUGUAGCUGUCUGGCCUACAUUUGCGAGUAACCACGUUAUUAUUAUAUUUAUAAUUAUUUUAUUUUUUACAACCUCGACUCUCUCCUCUAAUCUCUGAAAAACCAGAAUGAUCCAAAAUGGUGUUUCACACAAUUCUGUAAAACACAGUCCUGGGUAACAACAACAACAAAUGGCUAGAGCAGGGGUGUCAAACAUGCGGCCCGCGGGCCAGAUCCGGCCCGCAAGCAGGUUAAAUCCGGCCCGCGAGAUGGUUGUGUUAACUUUAUUUUCAUACUUUACAAUGUAGAGUGAAAAUAAACUUAUCUUUGUGAGCAAGUUUUCUCUGUAAUGAGUAUAAAUAAAACAAAGCUGCACUCAAGGCUCACACAAGAAUUUGAAUCACAUCCUGAAGUUGGCUGCCACUCAAGAUGUGACUUCUGAUAUUGAUGUGCCGGUGAAAGCUAAAAGAUGUAAAGUAAAAUGAGUAAAAUAUACUUUAAAUGCUGCAUGAAACUGAUCUUGCCAUGUGAUCUGUGAACUCUUUAAAUCACUAAGGAAUGAUUUUUAAAUUUAUUGAUUUUUUUUUUUUUUUUUCAAAUUUUCAAGUACACAUCAGGUGUUGUACUUGUACUAUUUUGGAUACGCUGUCCUCAGGCUCCAGCCUUGUUUUAUAUUGAUUGUAUUAAAACAAAGAAAACAAUCUGAAGUUGUUUUUAAUUUACCGGUCCGGCCCACUUGGGACUAGAUUUCCCUCAAUGUGGCCCCUGAGCUAAAAUGAGUUUGACACCCCUGGGCUAGAGGUUAGGUUUAUUUAGGGUGUUUCUAGGCACUCACAGCUCCUCACAGAUAAUCCAUUAUUCAUUCACUCAUUUAUACUCUGGUGAUGAUGAAUUACAGGGUCAUAAUUUAACCAAAAAUGUUCAAAACAACAGAUUCAUCAUGUAGUUUGGGUUAAGGUUAAACAACAACAUCCUCAAUCAAAUCAAUCAAUCAAUACUUUAUUAAUCCCAGAGGGAAAUUAGAGUUUCAGUACACACAACUCAGAGAUCAGACAUACAUGGGCAAGACACAUGACAAGAAUUGGUGACUGUGGUCAUUCGCAACCCUUAGUUGCGCUACCUUAAUAGAGGUAAGAGGGUUACAUGAGGAUUGGUUCAGGUGGAGGGAAAAAGGCACUUCAGAGUUACCCUCCCCCGGGAGGGCAGCUUUGCUCUGCAAAAAAACAAAAAAAAACACCUCAGACAGAAAUGCAACAGACUUCAGACAUUACACAACAUAAGUGUCCACUAGGAGGGGUGGUGGGUUGGGACUAUCCCCACUUCAGUUCCUGCAGCCACGAUAGAAGCAGCACAUGUCACCUCAGUGUGGAUAGGGGGAGGAGCAUUGAGGGUUGGAGGGUUGCAGUGACCCUGGAUGCUUCAGCGGCCUUCCCGCAGUCCCGCCCAGGCUGGGAUAGGAGGCAGAGUUUAGUUGCCAUAGCGACGGCACAUUCCACAUAUCUUCUGAGGGGGGAGUUUUCGUUGGAGCCUUGCAGGCUCAAGGGCGCCGGGUUCCGAUUAGAAAUUGUUUUGGGGCCAGACAGAGAUAAUUUCCUCUCUGGCUUACAGUUUGUUGGUCCUCAACCUCUAAAAAUCCCAAUAAUGAACAUUAAACUAUCCCAAUCCGUGCUGAUUCGUCCACUCUCUCCUUGAUGGCAUCCAUCUUUUGUGACAAUAAUGAAUCUCGGCCAAAGUCCCAAGCUUACGAUUCAUCUUAUCAAUGAUGUGAGUCUGUGAAUUCACAGCGCGGUGCAAACCAUCUCUGAGCUCCGGGAUCAGGCCAAUAUUCCUCGACAGCUCGUUAAUUUUUCGGUAAGCCAGGUAGCCUCCAAGGCCAAUGAGCAGGAAACCCGACACCAACACCACGAAUAUCCACACGUCUUCAGAGUCCUCCACAGACAACUGGUCUGUCCCGGAGGGGCAUCCGGGAGCCCCUUCUCCCGUUCUCAUCAUUGAAAAAAUUGAAUCAACCGCAUUGAGUGACCAAUUGACGAGAUCCAUUUUAGUGAAUUUCAGUUUACAGUUUUCAGAAAAUAUGCAGAAGCAGCCGUGCACCCAGCACACACAGACAGACAAAGGCCUUGAGGAUAAGAUUUGGAGGAGAGGAGAAGAAAAGCGUCUGUACCCUCCAAGAGCCGGAAGAAGUGUAGACACUAAUGCCAAGAAAGGAGGCUAGCCACGCUGCUGCAAUCAGAACUGCAACUUUCUUCAUCGUCAUCAGCGUAUCAUACUGUAGAGGACAACAGAUGGCCAGAUAUCUGUCAUAAGACAUGACGGCUAAGUUAUUAAACUCUACAGUUAAGUAAGUAUGAAGACCACAAACCUGCAGGAAACAGAGAGGAGCAGAAAUGGUGUG